UCGUGCUCUCGGUGAACAGCUGUGACGGCUUUUAACGGGAACUUUAAUAUUUGUGUUUCUGCCAUUAAACAAACUCUCGAAGUGUUUCCGGUUCGGACAGAUGUUUGUUUUCCCUCUGAGUCAGCGACACAAACUGACGUCAUUUAACCCGGUGUGUAUCAGCAGGUUUCCAUGGAGACCGAGGAUUAACUAACCCAACCUGGCUAACGUUAGCAAAGCCUGUCCAGCGGUGUGCUCCAGAGAUGGAGGAGCAGAGGGAGACAGGAGGAGGUGCAGAGUCCCAGCAGAAAGGAGGAGGUAUCAGGUGCAUAACGGAGGAGUUGUUGUUGAAGCUGACAGGCUGUCAGUCUCUGUCUCUGGUUCGUUCCCUCAAUCUGUCCUCAGCGGGAGACAAACAGAUCAAGUUCAUAGAGAACCUCCACGGCUGUCAGCGUCUGCAGGUUUUAAACCUGAACAAUAACCUGAUCCAGAGGAUGGAGAGACUGAGUGCUUUGACUCAGCUCAGAGAGCUGCAGCUGGCACACAACAACAUCCAGAGGAUCGAGGGACUGGAGCUCAUGUCCAGUCUGCAGUAUCUGAAUCUGUCCCACAACAGGAUCGACCACGUUCCUGCGUGGCUCGGGAAGAAACUGCACUCACUGCACACACUCCACCUGCAGCACAACCUCAUCACCUCUCUGUACGAGGUGUCCAGACUGCGUUCUCUGAGCAGCAUAUCAGAGCUGUCUGUGUCAGGAAACCCCGCCUCCUCGCUGCCACACUCCCGCCUCUUCCUGCUCUACCACGUCAGGACUCUGGAUAGGCUGGACGACCUGCUGGUCACCCAGGAGGAGAGAGGACACGCCCACCAACGGUUCAGCACCGAGGAGCUGGAGCGUCUGCAGCGGGAGGUGGACAGCAGCCAAUCAGAGCUGCAGGCUGCAGUGACUCGACUCCACCAGCAGGAGGAGACAAACCGAACACUAACGGCUCGCACGGAAACACAACGACAGCAACACACACUGCUGGAGGAAGAGCUACACACCAAGAGUCAGCUGUUGGAGAAGACGACAGUUGAGUUGACCCGAGCCUUUCACAGACUGUAUGAGCUGGAGCAGGAGCUGGCUUUCUACAAGAUCGACACCAAACUGAGCCCCCUGCCCGCCGGCAGCCUGCAGGAAGUGGACUCUGUGGACUCCGUGGCUGAGAGUCCGUACAUCGGCAAGGCUCGACACGUCAGGAACAUCAUCACCUCCACCCCCCGAAACUCCUCCUCCUUCUCCUCCUCCCUGCAGACCCACGAGGGUUCAGACGUUCACACUGACAUGGAGACAUCACGCCCCCUGCUGGAGGACUGCAGGACAGAGCAGAGUAAAGAUGAGGAUGAGCUCCUGCAGUGGGCCCAUCAGACCGAGCAGCAGCCAGCAGCAGAACACCCCGAGCCUGAGCCAACCACAGCACACAGACAGCAGGAGGCGCUGUGUCGUCUCCUCAGUAAGCUAUCUGUCCUGGAGCAGCUGAGAGACGAAGCUGACGAGACACGAAGACAGAUGGACAGACAGACAGAUGAGAGCAGGAGGACAGAGAGAGAGACAGUAGAGCUGGAGACACAGCUGCUGACACUGGACACCACAGACCCUCAACAUGCCCAUGUGACCGCCCGGCUGUCCCAGUGGAGACGGCUGUUGGACAGGAUGAGCGGGAAGCAGAGCGAGCUGGAGGGUCGCCUCGACGACAUGCUGUCACGCAUCGCCAUGGAGACGCAGGAGAUCACGGAGCUGGAGCAACAGCUGACCGACGGUCAGAUUCUGGCAAACGAAGCUCUCCAGAGGGAUCUGGAGGGGAUCAUCUCUGGUCUUCAGGAGUACCUGAGAGGUCUCAGAGAGCAGGCUCGUCGUGCUCAGCAGCAGGUUCACAGUCUGCAGGCUGAGAAUCAGAGUCUGCAGCUCCACCUGGAGGACACUCAAAGACACUGCAGACGGCUGGAGGACACCGUCAGGACACACGCACAGGACAUGUCUGUCCAGCAGGAGGAGGUGUCUUUGUUGCGGUUGGAGGCGGAGACUCUCAGAGACCAACAGGUGGAGAGCAGCAGACAGCAGGUGGAGCUGGAGGCGGAGCUCCAGCAGCUGAGGGAGGAGCUAAACCGACAGACCACAGAGGGACAGCUGCAGUGUGAGUCUCUGCAGGAAGCUGCACACAAAGAGAAACAGAGCAGAGACAUCAGAGAGUUUGAGCUGCAGUCAACCAUCGACACACUGCAGGACGAGAAAUCAUCUCUUCAGGAAACAGUCCAGAGACUUCAGGUCCAGCUGGACCAGACCAGGACUCAGUUACAGCAGACCAGGACUCAGUUACAGCAGACCAGGCACCAGUAUAAAGACAGCAGGACCCACGUGGAUCAGAGCAGAGUUCAGCUGGACCAGAUCACAGCUGCUCUGUUGGAUUCUCAGGAGGUUCAGAGUGGACCAGAAGAGCUGGAUGAGGACCAGUACAGUCCUGAAGACAUGUUGUCCAGGAGUGUGGAGCAGCUCUGCAGGGCGAUCCAGCAGACCAGAACCAGCAGAGACCAACAAGACCAUCACCACAGCCACGAGCAGGUAGCCAGACUGCAGGCCCAGGUGGCCCAGGAUCAGGACCGGAUAGCCCAGCUGGAGGCCCAGCUGGAGGCCCGGGGGCUCGCCGGUGUGGAGCAGGAGCAGGAGCAGGAGCAGGAGCAGGAGCAGGAGCCAGACUGGAGGCUGAAGGAGGAGCUGGAGACACUGAGAGUCAGACUGCAGACGUCUCAGAGCAGCAACAGACACAUCCAACACAAACUGGAGGCAGAGCUGGAGCAGAGCGGUCUGCAGCUUCAGGACGUCCAGCAUGAGAGAGACACGCUGCUACAGCAGCUGCGUUCACAGAGCGAAGGUCACCAGAGGAGCCUCGCACGUCUCAACAGGAAACUACGGCAGCUCAGCAGGUCCAUGAGUGACUCUGAUCAGCUGACUGCAGAUCAGCUGAGGGCGACCUCUGAACAGCUGAGAGCUCUGAACCACAUGGUGGAGCUGCUGCACGCACAUGCACAGCAGGACGCUGUGGAGGAGAUCGACGGCAGCUUUCACCAACCUGAAGGAAGCUCAGAGAGACGGAGCGAACACACACCAACACCGCAGUGUGAACACACACACAUGGUGGAGGAGCUGAGGGCGGAGCUGGACAACGCUCAGAAACACACACACAGGCUGAGACAGAAACUAGACCGGAUCAGAACCAGGAGCAGGACCAGGAGCAGGAGCAGGAGCAGAGAUGGAGGACGGUGGUGUUUCGUCCCUCCAGGACACAGUGCUCCCAGUCUGGGUUCUCUGGGGACUCAGGACUCUGGUUUGGGGCUGCAGUACCUCAGUUCUCCUGAGAGGGGGCGACAGCAGGACAGACCGCCCACAGGAGGAGGCUACUGGGUCUACACCCCCCCCACACACACCGACUCUGACACAGCAGCAGCAGAGUGGAGGGACAGCGGAGGAGGAAGUGACAUCGACAGGGGCUCCAGAGGACAGACUCCUCCUCCUCCUCCUCCUCCUCCUCCUCCUCCUCCUCCUGACCCUGCUGCAGCUGUCUCUGAUGGUCAGACUCCCCUGGUCGGACCUGGCUGGCUCCUCUGUGGUUCUCCUGCAGGAGGCGCUGUGCUGCACUGUAACAUCCCCGAACACAGAGACAUGGGAGACAGGUCUGUGUGUGAGUGUGUGCACAAAGAAGCAGAGCGACUGGAGGAAGAGAAGAAGAAACUACGACUGGAAACCAAACAGCUACGACACACACUGAGACAACACAGGAGUGUGAUGCAGGUGUGUGAUGAGGUGGAGUGUGUAGAGAAAACUCUGCUGAAGAGACGAGCUGAACUCCGACAGGCUGACCGACUGCUGCUGGAGGCUCAGAGCUGCAUACACACCACCAGGGACAAGGCCAGCUCAACUCAGCGGGACGUCGACAUGUUGCAGCGCUCGGCUCAGGACGGCGCCACCUGUGUUAUGGAGGCCACACAGCACAUCAGAGUGCUGCAGGAGGAGGUGGAGGAGCUGAGGAGGAGGAGACAGGAGGAAGAGCAGAGUCUGAUGGGGCUGGAGGAGGAGCUGGGGAGCAGGAAGGAGGAGCUCCAACAGCUGGGAACAAAACUACACUCAGCGUCAGACAGGUUAUCUGACGUGCUGUCAGACCUCCAGGAGUCUCAGUCAAGUCUAAACUCACUCAAUAUUCAGGUGGAGCAGCAGGAGCAGAGGCUGGCUCAGAGGAGGGAGGAGCAUCAAACAGCUGUGAACAGAGUGCAGGAGGUCAGAGAGGAGGAGCAGCGACUGAAGGACAGAGUCAAGGAGCUAAUGGAGCAGCAGGAGGCGCUGCUGAGUCAGAGGAGCUCAACAGUGUCUGCUUUGAGAGAGGACGAGCUGAGACUGAUCUCAGUGCAGUCUGAACUCAACACACACAGAGCAGAUCUGAAACAGGUCCUUCAGGAGUUACUCACAGAGCAGCAGGCGCUGGAGGAAGUAAAAACCAAACGCACCCAGAGUCUCCAGCGGCUACACAGGAAGCAGGAUCAGCUGGACAGACUGCAGGACGAGGUGGACAGGACGAAGGAGGAACUGGACAGACUACAGGACGAGGUGGACAGGAUGAGGGACGAGUUGGACGGGACACGGGAGGAAGUGAACAAGAGGAAGGAAGAGCUGGAAAAGACGCAGCAGGAAGUGGACAGGAAGAAGGAUGAAGUGGACAGGAAGAAGGAAGAGCUGGCUGAGCUGAAACAGGAAGUUGAAUCUCACAGCAAAGAAGCAGAGAUCAUUCUUAAAGAGAUGAAACAACAACAGACUCACCUGCAGGACCUGCAGGAGGAGCUGAGCAGGAGGAGGGAGGAGAGGAGCAGCCUGCAGGCGCAGUGUAAACACCUGGAGGCCAGACGGAGGCACGCUGACAGGAGUCUGUCAGUGGUGGAGGAGGAGCUUACUAAAAAGAGGGAGGAGCAAAGCCACGCCCAGCUCCACAAACAGGAAUUGAUCAGAGAUACGGCAGCCACUCAGGAGCAGCUUAACGAGAAUUCAGAGCUGUUGUCUCUGCUCAGUGAACGGGUGGAGGAGACGAAGAAACACCUGCAGAGCCUGGAACAGGAGCUGAAUGUGUCCGGUCAGCUGCAGCAGCAGAGAGCAGAGCAGCUGAAGGAGCUGGACAGACAGAUAGAAGACAGACAGGUACAACACACACACACACACACACUACAACAUUAUCAUUAUUAUUAUUAUUAUUAUUAUUAUUAUUAUUAUUACAGUCGUCACAGAAACCAACAGAGUGACACACAAACAUGUCGGGCCCAGAACUGUAAACAGGCCCGUCCUCACUCGUGCUCUCUGUCUCAGGCUCUGUGUGUUGGACUGGAGGAAGUUAAUACUGCAGUGUGUCAGUUGGAGGACAGGGGGCGCCGUAUCUAUGAGCAGCAGCAGCAGCUCCAUCAGCUCAAGGAGGAUCUGUGGCAGAGAGAGAAACAGCUGAUCCACCAGGAGGCGGUCCUGAAACAGACAGAGGAGGAGCUACAGUUAAAAGAAAAGGAGCUGAAACAUCAGAGGGAGGAGCUAAAAUACCAGGAGGAGGUGUUACAGUUCAAAGGGGAGGGGCUAACAAAGAAACGUGAGGAGCUUCGUGAGGACGAAUGUCUCGAGACAGAAGAGGAGGACAUCAGGGAGGCGUCUGAGGAAGAGGAGGAGGAGUCUUUCUACCUGUCUACAGCUGGUCUGAGAUCUGCCUUCAGCUCUGAGGAGGACAGGUGGAAGGUGGAACUGCAGAAAGAAAAACUGAGACAACAAGAGGACCGACUGAAGGCUCGUCUUCGCUGCAGUUUGUGGAACCAGCAGGAGAAUCUGAAGGUGAGACGACUGGAGGCUGAGGAGAGUUUACUGGGACUGAAGCACAGACUGGACCAGCUGGACUCACUGCUCACACACACACACCAUGACACACACACACACGAGUCACAUUAGAGACUGUACAGAUAUGAAACAUCCAGGUUUGUUUAUCAGGAAAAACUCAUGAAACACGUCUGAAACUCGAUACAUGAAGUCGUUCAGUCGCUGCUGCGGAGCUGUGAAGUCUAUCAGCCAACUCUCUGAGGUCAAGACUGAACUUUCAGUCUCAACUUUAUGCUUCCUGAAUUGUUGCUGCAGUCAAUCAGAGCGCCGACAUUACAUCACAGAGGGUUAGGGUUAACCUGAACUCCUCGUCACUGAAGACGUUUCUCUGCUGAAACACUGAAGAUAAAUUUCACCUGUGUGUGUGUGUGUGUGUGUGUGUGUGUGUGAAGUUUGUUUGUUGCUUACACAGACUCAUUACUUCAGUGACUGAUGGACAAACACUCAGACCACAGGGGGGCAGUAACGAGUCUGUUCAGGCUUCAUGCAGCAGAAUGAAGAACUCAGUAUUGAGACGUGUGUCACACUGUGUGCAGACACCUCUUUAUUUUACAGUGUUGAAAUAUCUUAUUUUUUGUUGAUGUUUACAGUGACAUUAAUGAACAUCAGCGUCUUUGUGUCCUUUAACACUUGGAUUUAUUUACGGUUUGUGUUUAACUGUUUGUUGUUUUUGUUUGUUGUCACUGUAAUGUUGUUACUCUGUAUGACAUCAUACUGUCUGUAUGACAUCAAACGAUAUGAUGUGUCUGAUUGUCUGAAAGCCAGUCGACCUCUCAGGUCCUGAGGAAAUAAAUGAGCAUGAUGAA